AUGGCCGUUCAAGCGGUCAAAGAAGCUGCUGCGAAAGAAAAUCCUGAGAUGCCAUGCCAAGAUGGCGCCAAGCAAGAGGGAGACCGCGUGGAAGAACCGGAAGAGAAGGGAGCCGUAGCACUUAAGAAUCUUGAAAUAAAGGAAAAUGCACUAAGUCAGUUGGAUGUACCAUUCAAAGUGAAAGCAGGACAUAUUGGUCAACUUAACCUACAGAUCCCAUGGCAAAAUCUUUAUACUCAACCUGUUGAAGCUGUUUUGGACGGAGUUUAUUUGCUUGUAGUGCCCACAGCCAGUAUAAAAUAUGAUGCUGAGAAGGAAGCCAGACAGCUCCUGGAAGCAAGGCAAAGAGAAUUACAAAGAAUAGAGGAAGCAAAACAGAAAAUAGCUGAUCAGGAUAAAGCAAAAGAAGAAAAGCAAGACACUUUUGUAGAAAAGUUAGUCACUCAGGUCAUCAAAAAUCUUCAAGUGAAAAUUUCCAACAUUCAUGUGCGAUAUGAAGAUGAUAUUACAAAUCGAGAGAACCCAUUGUCAUUUGGUGUUUCACUUCAGAAUCUCAGUUUGCAAACAGCAGAUCAAAAUUGGAAUCCAUGUUUACAUGAUGAAACUGCCAAGCUGUUCUAUAAGAUUGUACGACUUGAUAACUUUUUUGCCUACUGGAAUGUGAAGUCUCAGAUGUUCUACCAUGGUGGUUAUGAUGAAUCUUUGAAUAAUUUAAAGCAAGGAGUUGCCUGCCAAAAUAUGAUUCCAGAUGGUUAUGAGUUUGUAUUUCGUCCAAUUUCAGCUAAAGCCAAACUCCGUAUGAAUCCUCGAUCUGAUUUUGACUUUUCUUCACCAAAAAUGGACUUGGAUGUAAAUUUACAGGAUAUAGCCAUUGAAUUCAAUAAACCACAGUACUUCAGUGUUAUGGAGCUCCUUGAGUCCAUUGAUAUGAUGACCCGAAACCUACCAUACAGGAAAUACAGGCCUGAUGUUCCUUUGCACAACAAUGCCAAGGCAUGGUGGAAAUACAUUAUUUACAGUGUCCUUGAAGUAAAUGUCCAACCUAAGCUUAAUGUGUGGUCAUGGGAACACAUUCAGCAUCACAGAAAACAAGUGAGGAAUUACAAAGAGAUGUAUAAAAUGAAGAUAACAUCAAAGAAACCCAAUGAAGAGACUUUAAAAUUUUUGGAAGAAUUUGAAAAGACAUUGGACAUCUUUAAUAUCACAUUAGCCAGACAGCAGGCAGAAGUUGAGGCAACCAAAGCUGGAUUAAAGAUUUACAGACCAGGGGUGAAACAAGAUGAAGAUAGUUCUGGUGGCUGGUUUGGCUGGAUAUGGGGCUGGUCAGGGGAAAAAGAAGAUGAAAAGAAGCAACAGGCAAAGGGCGCAAGUCUUGAAGAACUGAUGACACUUGAAGAAAAGGCUAAACUCUAUGCAGCAAUUGGAUAUAGUGAAACAACUGUUGAUCCUACACUGCCCAAGUCAUAUGAAGCCAUGAGGCUCUCUGUAAAGCUGUUAAGCAUGUCCAUAUCAAUAAGGGAAAACCAGGAGAAACCCGAGUUGAUAAAAUUUGCAUUAAUUGACCUGAGUACAAUGUUCACACAACGACCAGGUGCACAGGCAAUAAGAUUUGAAACAAAAAUAAACUCAUUCGAAGUUAUGGGCAUGUCUCGAGAAAAAUGUAUACCCUGUCUACUAUCUUCUCGAACAGUCUGUUCAGAAAACAAUACAUCACUCUUGAGCAUAAUGUUUGAGACCAACCCCUUAGAUGAGAAAGCUGAUCAAAAAAUCAGAGUAGAAGCACAGCCAUUGGAAAUAAUAUAUGAUGCAAGGACUGUGAAUAGCUUAGUGGACUUUUUUAGACCUCCAAAAGAUGUACAUUUAGAGCAACUGACCUCUGCAACUUUGAUGAAGCUUGAAGAAUUUCGUGAGAAGACAUCAACAGGAUUGUUAUAUGUUAUUGAAACACAGAAAGUUCUUGAUUUAAACAUUAACUUAAUGGCAUCAUAUAUCAUCGUUCCCCAAAAUGGUUUUUAUGAAUCUACAUCAAAUUUACUACUUCUGGAUCUUGGUAAUCUUAAGAUGACAAGUAAAAGUCGUUCUGACCUAUCAAAUCUCAAAGUAGGCCAAAACACUAUUGAAAACAUAAUGUCAAGAGCCUAUGAUGUAUUUGAUAUUCAGCUAAGCAGUAUACAGCUACUUUAUAGCAAACAUCAUGAAAAGUGGCAGGAGGCUCGUAAGCUAAAAUGUUCGUCUCAACAUAUCUUGCAGCCAAUGGAUUUGAAAGUGGAAUUUAGCAGAGCUAUGGUUGUCUCUGAUGCAAGAAUGCCCAAAUUCAAAAUUUCUGGACAGCUGCCUUUACUCUCUGUCCAAAUAUCAGACAAGAAACUGACUGGUAUCUUGGAGUUAAUUGACAGCAUUCCUAAAACAGAAAGUGCUCCUGCCACAGCUUCUCCUCCAAAAAUGUCCCAGAUUCAGGUGUCACCAGUGCUUUCAACACAGGUGUCACAAAAUGUCCUUCCUGUUUUGGAUCUUCACUCAUUACCUGAAUCAGAAUCCGAAGAAGAAUUUUAUGAUGCUCCAAGUAGUCCUGUAGAAGACAUGCCAUUUUUUGAAGCAUCAUCUGGCUCCCUCACCAGAGCGAACAGCACGAGAAAAAAAAAGUUACAUAAGCAAGAAUCACUGAAGAAUAUGACAGACCUUCAAUUGAAAUUUGAAAUACCUGAGGUCUUAAUUCAGUUGCGUCGUCUUGAUGAUGAUGAUGAUGAUACUCAAAAGCCUGUGUUGCAGCUAAAAGUUAUAGGAUUAGGCACUGAACUUAAACUAAGAACGUUUGAUAUGUCUGCACAUGCUUUUCUUAGAGAAGUCUGUCUGUUAUGUCCAGAGUACAUAGAUGACAAUGACAAACCUGUGUAUAUCAUUACAACUUUGGAUAACACAGAGGAUGAUCUUCUUACACUGGAGUACAUAAAGACUGAUAUUAAUGGACCAGAGCUGAAAACUACUUAUAAGAAUGUUCUACAGUUGUUAAAGGUGAAUUUCUCUUCCUUGGAUGUUCAUUUGCAUACUGAAGCACUUCUGAAUGCUAUGAAUUACCUAAGUAAUCUUUUACCAAAGCAAGAGACUAAAGUAACAGACGAACUAGCUCAAGAAAAAGAGGAGGAGAAAAAAGAUGUCCUUAAGAAAUUAAAGUCAAAAAAAUCCAAAUAUGAGGAUGUUGUGGAUCUCCAUAUCUGUGCAGAUUUAUCCUGUUUACGGGUUUUUAUUAGAGAACAAAAACACAGGAUAUCUGAAAUUCACAUUGAAGGUCUGGACAGCCAAGUGGUCAUGAGAAAAGCAGCUACUGAAGUGAUUGCAAAAUUAAAGAACAUAAGUAUUAUGGAUUCUGAUGAGAAGGCAUUGUAUAAAAAGGCUGUUUAUAUCACAGGCGAAGAAGUCUUCAGUUUUAAAAUGGUGUCUUAUAUGGAUGCUACAGAUGGUGGUGCCUAUGUAGAUAUGAAUGUUUUUGACAGCCAGGUUUACUUAACUGUUGGCUGCAUUCAAGUUGUUUUUGUCAACAAGUUUGUUUCAUCUAUAUUGGCUUUUAUAAACAACUUUCAAGCUGCUAAGGAAGCUGUUACUGAAGCAACUGUUCAAGCAGCAGAGAAAGCAGCUACAGGUGUGAAAGAAUUGGCACAAAGGUGUUCCCGAAUGGCAUUGGAUGUCAAUAUUAAAGCACCCGUAGUCAUAGUGCCACAGUCAGCUGUGUCGACUAAUGUUUUGGUUGCUGAUUUUGGUCGUAUCACCGUAAGGAACAAGUUCUUCAUUGCUAAAACAAAACUACAAUGUGCCCUUCCACCUGUUGUUGACUCAAUGACAGUGAAUUUGAGUGAACUAAAGCUGUACAGGUCAUCAUUUGAGAGAGGUUCACUGCAAACUGAAAUACAGCUAUUGCAGCCUGUAAAUCUUGAAAUUGUUGUUGAACGAAAUUUAGCUGCUGCUUGGUAUACUGAGAUUCCUGAUAUAGCAAUAUCUGGACGGCUCAAGCCUAUGAAUCUAAUUCUCAGUCAAGAAGACACAGCCACUAUAUUAAGGACACUGAAUGAAAAUUUAUGGGACAAUUCUGGUACACCACCUCCUUUGCCAGAAUCAAAAGAUACAAAUAGCAACUAUAGUGAUGCACUCAGUACUUCUCAGCACUCUGCAGGAGUAACUGUGGUGACAUCUGCUGUAGUGGAAUUGCAUUCACCUGUUAAAGCUAAAACAACUCUAAAAUUGGACUUCCAAUUUGAUUGUCUGACUUUGGUACUGUAUAGUCCAAACUCUAAACAGGUUUCAGUUUUGAAUCAAAGAGAUGAUAAUUUAAAACUCGCAGAGUUUAAAUUGGUCUUGAUUUCAGCUGCUGUCAAAAUGCUAUCUGAUGGUUCAAUGAAUGCUUUAGUCAAAUUAGCAAACUGCACAUUAGAUGAUAAACGUCUGACAGUCCAGAAGGCAACUCCAAGAAUGGUGGAAAUGAAACAUGGAUCUGAAAAGAAAGACAUGGUGGAUAUAAACUACAAGCAGGGGAGAGAUGGCACUGUUCUCAAUACCAUUGUUCAAGAGAUAUACCUCUGUGCAAGUAUGGAAUUUCUACUUACUGUUGCAGAUGUAUUCCUAAAGGCUAAUGAGGAAAGUGCUGCAGCUCAGAAAACUGUCAAACAAUCUUUAGCUGUAAAGGAAUCUGUAGCUGUAAAGGAACAAGCAUCUGUGCAACCAGUAUCGACAAUGGAAAUUAAUGUUGUUGUUAAAAAUCCAGAGAUUGUGUUUGUGGCUGAUUUAACAAGAAGUGAGGCUCGUUCAUUAGUACUUACAACACAGUGUGAAAUCUUCAUUAAAAAUUCCCCUCAGUUAUAUAAAAUGACAGCUGCUGUUAAAGAGAUGCAAAUGAAAGCAUGCCCCUUUCUUCCAGAAAAAAGAAAAGGGAAUAUUACUACGGUAUUGCAACCUUGUGAUCUCUUCUUUGAAAUGCUGCAGUCAGGUACUAAUCCACAAAUGAUCGAAGUGUCAAUUAAAUCCCUAACAGUAAAGGUUUCACCAAUUAUCAUAAAUACAGUGAUGACUAUUAUGUCAGCCUUUUCUCCAACGGCAGAGACUGCACAGGAAGAGAUUAGUCCAGUUCCUCCAGACUUGUGGGAUAAGAAAGAUGUAAAAAAUCUAAAACUGUGGUUUCUUGAAGAGUCAAGUAAAAAUGAAAAUACAGAUACACUAGCAGAGUUGGUUCCUACAGGAGAGACCUUACACAUGGAAAUUGCAUCAGUCAUCAUAACUCUUGAAGCUGGGGUGGGUCACAGAACAGUACCUAUGCUUCUGGCAAAAUCAGCAUUUUCUGGUGAGGUCAAAAACUGGAGUACCCUCAUCAACCUUCAUUCCCAGCUUGAACUAGAGGUACAUUACUUUAAUGAGAUGUUUGGUGUGUGGGAACCUUUGCUUGAACCACUAGAAAUUGAAAAGAGUGAUGAUUUCAAACCGUGGACUCUUGGAAUCAAGGUGAAAAAGAAGGCUAAAAAAGCACUAGUUGAGUCAGAUGCGGAGGAAGAACAGUACAAGGUGCCAGAAUAUAAAACAGCAAUAAACAUCUCCUCAAAAGACCAGCUGAACAUUACACUAUCCAAAUGUGGACUACUGAUGUUGAAUAACUUGGGCACGGCAUUUGCCGAAGCAGCUAGCCAAACUUCAGAUAUCUUCAAAAAAGAUCGAGCGCCAUUUGUAGUAAUGAAUUCUUUAGGACUUCCCAUCACUGUAUCGCCCAGUGAUGCCUUUAGUGUGAUAAAUGAUAAAUCUGGAGGAAAAUCUUUUCAGUUAAAAGAUGGAGAAAGUCUAAAUAUGGACUAUCUCAGAACCAAAAGUGAGAGUGACCAGUUCACAGCAAUGACUACCCUAAGCAGCAAAAGGUUUUACAUUCAACUUAGUCCUCAUAGUCACUCCACAGCUGAUAAGAUUCCAUUGACAAAAGUGGGCCGAUUUCUUUACAGAGUAAGACAUGAAGGAUCUGGUGUUGAAAGGUUCAUUGUUUGUCAGAUUGAUACUAUUGAAGGAAGUAAGAUGAUAACUGUACGUUCACCUGUGCAGAUAAGGAAUCAUUUUUCUGUUCCACUGAGUAUUUUUGAAGAAGGAAGAUGUCUAGGAACUGCUUCACCUAAAAAUGAAUUCAGCAUACCAUUGACCUCUUAUAGGUCCGUACUUAGUUUGCAACCUGUAACUGAUGAAAAUGGAGUGGGAGGAGAAUAUGAAAUGUGUGAAGGAAUUAGCUUUGAUGAAAUUAUGAAAAAUGUCGACAGCCUGUUACAGAGGAAAUGCCAGCCUGUGAAGUCUGCUAGCCAUUCAUUUAUCAUUAAUAUUGUGCCAACAAAAGAUACCUUGUCAUCUUCAGAAUGUGGGGAUGUUCAAUGGGAUUUCCCAUAUGUUGUUCAUUUAUGGCCUUCUGUUCUUCUUCACAAUCUUCUCCCUUAUCAAAUGACUUAUUCUCUAGAGGGAGAUGGCAACACAGGUGUUAUCCUAGAAGAUGGUUGCUCAGCUCAGAUUCAUAAUGCAGUAUUGGAUCAGACCAAGCUGGAAUUGCAAUUACAUAAUUAUCUUGAUCAAAACUGGAGAAGCGAAUACCAGAUAAGAACUACCCAGCAAGAAAUUGGCUUUAUCACCUUCUCUUCUGUCACUGAACUGGAUAAGACAGAAUUGGAUAUUGCUGUCCAUGUGACCUACACAGUUGGACAGAUGGUUAUAGCAGUUCACUGUCCGUAUUGGAUGGUAAAUAAAACUGGCCGAAUGUUGCAAUACAAAGCUGAUGGUAUUCAUCGCAAGCAUCCUCCAGACUACAAAAAGCCACUUCUUUUUUCUUUCCAACCUAAAAACUUCUUCCAAAACAACAAGGUUCAGCUUAUGGUGACUGACAGUGACCUGUCUGAUCAGUUUUCACUUGAUACUGUUGGCAGUCAUGGUUCUGUUAAAUGCAAGAGUCAUAAAAGAGAGUUUCAAGUUGGUGUCACUAUAGAUAAUAGUAGCUUUAACAUUACCAGAAUUGUGACAUUCACUCCCUUUUUCAUGAUCACAAACAGAAGCAAAUAUACUCUAGAAGUAGCUGAAGACGGCAAGGAAAAAUGGAUUCCUAUCACUUUGCAACAGUGUAUUCCUUUUUGGCCUGAGAAUGAUGCAAAUAAGCUGCUUGUUAGAGUUGAAAACUCUGACAUUCCACCAAAGAAGAUACAUUUUAAUAAGCAAGAGAACUGUACAUUGAUGCAUUUAGACAACGAGCUUGGAGGCCUCAUAGUGGAUGUAAACAUGACUGAACAUUCUACAGUGAUUAUUUUCUCGGACUACCAUGAUGGUGCAGCUCCCUUCCUGUUGAUUAACCAUACCAAAAAUGAAAUUAUUGAAUAUGGCCAGAGUUCUCUCAGUAUGAUGGAAGACAGUCUUCAGCCAAAUAAAGCAGUGUUGUACACGUGGGCUGAGCCAGUAGGCUCUAGGGUAUUGAAAUGGAAAUGUGGAAGGGAGAAAGGAGAAGUAUCUCAGAAGGAAGACAAGAUGACACCUUUUAUUAUGGAUGAUAAAAGGAUAAUUUAUUUAGUCUCAUUUUUUGAAGGCUUACAACGUAUUAUCCUAUUCACUGAAGAUGAGAAUGUGUUCAGACUAACAUAUGAAAGUGUAAAAGCAGAACUGGCAGAACAGGAAAUUGUUAUAUCAUUGCAAGAUAUUGGAAUUUCUUUGGUCAAUAAUUAUGCAAAGCAAGAAGUGUCUUACAUUGGAAUUACAAGUUCUGAUAUAGUUUGGGAGACAAAACCUAAGAAGAAAUCUAGGUGGAAACCAAUGAGCAUCAAGCAAACAGAGAAGUUAGAGCAAGAAUUUAAAGAAUACUCUGAGCAAUCCCCUUCAGAAAAUAAGAAUGUUGAACUGGAAUCAAAUGUUUCGGUCUGUUUAACACCUAAUGGCAGUAACAUGAAAAUCCAACAGCCAAAUGAAAUUCCCAUAAGAAGAAAUUAUCUCCCUGCUUUAAAGGUAGAAUAUAGUACAUCUGCACAUCAGAAGUCCUUCAGAAUCCAGGUUUACAGAAUACAGAUACAAAACCAGAUUCCUGGAGCCAUAUUUCCCUUUGUGUUUUAUCCUAUUAAACCUCCAAAGUCCGUCACUCUGGAUUCAGCACCAAAGCCAUUUACUGAUAUCAGUAUUGUCAUGAGGACUGCAGGCCAUUCUCAGAUAUCACAUAUUAAGUACUUUAAGGUACUGAUUCAAGAAAUGGAUCUCAGAUUAGACCUUGGGUUCCUAUUUGCAUUGCUUGAUCUCUUUACACAGGCGGAUAUGCCCAAAGAUGAAGAGGUUACGCUUUUCAAAAAGGAUGUAGAAUCUCUCCACGAAGAAUUAAUGAGUGUGUCAUCAAUGGAUACAUCACAAAUCAGCUUGUAUGAAUACUUUCAUAUCUCUCCAAUCAAGUUACAUUUAAGUUUUUCACUCAGCACUGGUGGAGAAGAUGGCAACAAAGAAGAAAGACAAACUGAACUAAUUCCAGUUCAAUCUUUGAAUCUCCUGCUGAAGAGUAUUGGUGCCACACUCACAGAUGUACAAGAUGUUGUCUUUAAGUUGGCUUUCUUUGAACUCAACUAUCACUUCUGUACAACCACACAGCUACAAUCAGCAGUUAUAAGACAUUAUUCAAAACAGGCUAUUAAACAAAUGUAUGUUCUUAUACUUGGCCUUGAUGUUUUGGGUAAUCCAUUUGGCUUCAUUAGAGGUUUGUCUGAAGGAGUAGAAGCAUUCUUCUACGAACCAUACCAGGGAGCCAUCCAGGGUCCUGAAGAAUUUAUUGAGGGAAUGGCACUAGGACUUAAAGCACUAGUAGGCGGAGCUGUUGGUGGAUUAGCUGGUGCUGCAUCCAGGAUUACUAGUGCUAUGGCUAAAGGAGUGGCAGCAAUAACCAUGGAUGAAGACUACCAACAGAAGAGAAGGGAAGCCAUGAAUAAACAACCUACUGGCCUCAGAGAAGGCAUUACUCGUGGAGGGAAAGGCUUAGUAUCUGGCUUUGUUAGUGGCAUAACAGGAAUAGUGACAAAACCAAUAAGAGGAGCCCAGAAAGAAGGAGCAGCUGGCUUUUUCAAAGGUGUUGGGAAAGGUUUAGUGGGAGCAGUAGCAAGGCCCACUGGAGGAAUCAUAGACAUGGCUAGCAGCACAUUUCAGGGCAUUAAAAGAGUUACAGAUUCUUCUGAUGAUGUGACAAGUCUGCGUCCGCCUCGUUUCUUUGGUGAGGAUGGAGUUAUUAGGCCUUACAGAUUAAGGGAUGGGACCGGAAGUCAAAUGUUACAGAAAAUUGAAAAUGGAAGAUUUGCAAAGCUCAGAUAUAUUGCACAUGCAAUGGUGAAUAACACAGAUUUGUUAAUGGUAACAAAAAGUGGUGUUUUGUUUGUGACAAAAGGAACAUUUGGACAGCUGACGUGUGAGUGGCAGUAUACUUAUGAUGAGUUUACAAAAGAGCCAUUCAUUGUUGAUGGAAGAAGAUUACGUAUCGAAGCCAAGGAACGGGUUAAAUCUGUAUUUCAUGCCAAAGAGUUUGGAAAAAUAAUUAAUUUUAGAACACCGGAGGAUGCCAAGUGGAUCCUUUCUAAAUUGGAAGAAGUGAGAGAGAAUCAUCCAAAAUUGUAAUACUCCAAGAAUCGUCCAGAUUUGGACAAUCUGAAAGGCAGUUCUGGCUGUUACCUUUUAAUUCCUGUAUAACAUGUGAAACUGAGUAUCAGCAAAAAGGAAGAAAGGGGUGGGGGGGAAUUAUAAAGAUUUUACUAUAAUAGCUUCAGUUUGCCAAUAUAAUAUAUUAUUGUAAUCAAGUUUUACUUUCAUAAACAGUUACUGUCAGGUAAUUCUAGUGAUCAAAAAAGUUUCUACUGACUUUUGGCUUGUUGGGGCUUUUAUACAUAAGAAUUCUAAGUAUGAGAUUCUUUAAAAAUACACUGUAUAGUGAAGGUGUUUUACCUUUGAUUCUUUCAUGUCUGCAAUAGUGUCUGAGCUCUGGAACAAUCCUUAUGAUUUUAUGUGGAACACUACCUUCUGGUGGUGAUCAGAUUCCCAAAAUCAAAUUCUAGUUCUCCAUCCAAUUUUCACACGGAUUUCAGCCACCCUGCUGUAUCAACAUUUAUUGACAUUCAAAUGACCUUAUCAGGGAACAGAUGGACAUAUCCAGCACCAGUCCUUCAGCAAAAAGAAAAUUAAGAAUGACAGUGCUGACCAGAAGUGUGCAAUUUAGAUAUUUAAUUCUAGAGAAGCUUUUUAUUAAUAAAUAUAAUGGAAUUAUUUUCUUUACUUUUUGUAUAUAAAUGAACAGUUGGUGAUAAAUUUAAAAUAUAGUACCACUUUUAGUGUAAAGAUUUUUAUAUGCUGCUCAAAUUAGCAAAUUGCCUCAAACUCAUAUCUUGCUAGUCAUAGAAAAUCGCAUGUUAGUUGACCAACAGAGGUGAUGAUCUGGAGAGGAGAGAGGCUACAUCUGUGCAAUAAUGUUAUAAGUAUGCCCUUUACUUUAACUACAUCAGAUUAUCAAUGGACUUGCAACAGAAAUACCAGCGGGUGUCACUGAGUUCUAAGAGCACUGUUUCAUGUCUAACUAUCCCUUGGAUUAUGCAGUAGCUCAUGAAAAGCAACCUAGUAAAUUCCAGAAGACGAGAGCGCCAAUCAGAUUUUAUGUUCAAAUUGUAUUUCUAUUAAAAUAAUUUACUACGGUAAUAGUAAUUACUACUUCACAUUUGCCAUUUUCAGCCUUAAUGCAACUAAUGAAACUGUUUCUGUUAAACAUUUCGUAUUCAGCUGGAAUAAAUAUGAGGCAGUAGGACAUUAUUAAAGAGAGCCUGCGAUGAUGUCAUAUUA